AUGGGCGUCAAGAUCUGGCUGCCCUUCCCGGUGCUCCUCCUGGCCAUUCUGUACCCAGUGCUGCUGCCGGUGGCUGCCGCCUUCACUCCCUCCUUAGACAGCGACUUCACGUUUACCCUUCCGGCCGGCCAGAAGGAGUGUUUCUACCAGCCCAUGCCCCUGAAGGCCUCGCUGGAGAUUGAGUACCAAGUCUUAGAUGGAGCGGGAUUAGAUAUUGAUUUCCAUCUUGCCUCUCCACAAGGAAGAACCUUAGUUUUUGAACAAAGAAAAUCAGAUGGAGUUCACACGAUAGAGACUGAAGACGGUGACUACAUGUUCUGCUUUGAUAAUACAUUCAGCACCAUUUCUGAGAAGGUGAUUUUCUUUGAAUUAAUCCUGGAUAAUAUGGGAGAACAGAUGCAAGAACAAGAGGACUGGAAGAAAUAUAUUACUGGCACAGACAUGUUGGAUAUGAAACUGGAAGAUAUCCUGGAAUCCAUCAACAGUAUCAAGGCCAGACUAAGCAAAAGCGGUCACAUCCAGACUCUGCUUAGAGCAUUUGAAGCUCGUGAUCGAAAUAUCCAAGAAAGCAACUUUGAUAGAGUCAAUUUCUGGUCUAUGGUUAACUUAGUGGUAAUGGUGGUAGUGUCAGCCAUUCAAGUUUAUAUGCUGAAGAGUCUAUUUGAAGAUAAGAGGAAAAGUAGAACUUAAAACUUUAAACUAGACUACUUAACAUAAAAAAGAGAGAUGGAAAAAUGUAAUAUACCUUACAGUUAAAGUCCAAGACCAUUAAUAGUCUUUUCAAAAAAGAUUUUCAGGUAUUACCACAAGCGUGAAGCAAGUAUAAUUUUAAUGUGAAAGGAAAGUCUUCACUUUCAUCUGUGCAAGUAGUCUUAUUGCUUCAGUUGUACUUAAAUAUAUAACAAAUAUUUUGCAGAGUAUAGGUAUAAUUGAAUGAAGCCAUAUUAAUAACAGCAUUUUCCUAAGUUUGAAAAACUUUUGCAAAUGUCAUAGGUGAUUUAAAUAAAUGAGCUUUGGGCCCAAAUGCAACACCAAACAAUGUUUUUAAAAGAUUCUCUUACCUAGAAGUUUCUUUGUAAAUUUGGCAAAUACAAAUUAAUACAGGUUUUCAAUAUAUUGAAGUUUCUUUGUAAAUGUGGCAAUUAUAAAUUAACUGUGUAAGUUUCCAGUAUAUUAAGUUAUAAAUCAUCUGAGAAUUACCUAAUCAUAGAUUGGAAUAAUCUUUAGAAAACAAAAACUCAACUUUUCUUUUUACAUAUGUAUCUCUCCUAUAAUGUAAAUAGACACAUAGCUGUGAAAAACAGAUUUGUGAGACUUUUAUAACCAAAUAUAUUUCAAUUUAAAAUAUUAACAAAAAGUAUUAGUUUUAUAGACUUAGCUUACAGUCCCCAAAGGCCAAUAUUUUCAUAAUUCUUAAAUUGCUCAGUCAUUAUUAAAAUUUGGAAAAAUUUUCUCCUUGAAAUGAAAUAGCUCAGUCUCCAUAGGGACACAUUUUGUCUAGUCCUUAACUAAGAUCUAGAAUUUUGAAAUUAAAUGUGACAAAAAAUACUUUUAUAUUACCUAUCAGCAGUGUUAUGUUAAUUUUAACAUGAUUAUUGACUUGGAUAAUACAUUAUUACCAACAGUUGUGAAGGAAAAUAUUGCUUUAAAAAUCUGGGCCUAACAUAAAUAAAGAUCUCUUUUUCUGAGUUCUUAAAAUCAACAACAAAAAAAAUAACAAAAUCAAUAAAGAAGAAUUUGAGUAAGCUUGAGAACAUCUGAUCAAAAUUAAGUUCACUUAAAUAAACUAAGUAUCUAGAAUCUGAUUGGUUCACUAAUGACCCUAUCCUAAAUAAUAAUCAGACUAAAUGCUAGUUAAUUGUAGAAACUAUACUUGGCCAUGGCUUUUAUUGUUUUACAGUUGUUUUAUUGUUUUAAAUUGUCUUUUAUAAGUAUUCAGGUAUAUUUUAUGAAACAAACUCUACUGUAAGAUUUAGCACUGGGUAAACAUAUUACAACUUUUAUUAUAACUUUCAUUAAAUUACUUUUCUGAUCACUUUAUUUAUUGACAUUCAAGUAAGGAUUGAAAGCCUACAGAAUCCCAAAUUUAGAGUUGAUAUGUGAAUAACUUUAUAUAAAGUCUCUGACAUCCUUGCUUAUUGGGUCUAUGGAGUCUUACUCGUAUACUAGUAAUUUAGCUACAUUAAGUAGAAUUUUUAGGUUUUAUCGAUUUGUAAUACUGGUUAAGACAAAUAUGAGUUAGAAACAAUCAGCUUACAAGUUUGAAUAUAGCACCCCUCUGUACAUUAGUACUGCUUGAAUUCUUAAGCAAUGAUAUCAAGAGAAUGGUUUAUUAAUUUACAGUCAGAGUGGUACAAAAAGAUUUAUUUCCCUCCUUCUUAUGCCUUUGGGAGAACAAAGGUUAGAUAUCCGUACUCUGAAGCUUUUUAAAAAUGAGGAUUGAUUACCUUAACUGACCCAAGGAAAUGCUUUUAUGUGUCCAGGAGUAGCACCUGAAAUACAGGCAAAACAAGGGCCAAUAAUUGCCUAUGAAGUCCCAUUCCCCCCUUCUGUUAAACUCAAAAUGAGAAGCAAACUUACCAUACUAUACCUAAUAAAACAGUGCAGAUAUAAACUACUGCAUCUUUUCUAUAAAACUGUGAUUAAGAAUUCUACCUCUGGCUGGCUACUGUACUGUACUGAUUCCUUACUUAACAAUGAAUUUGUUACAUCAUCUACGUAUGAUUCAUGCCACUGAUUUUAAACCUGUGAUUCAGUAACUUCUUACCUUAUAAUGGCCUUAUUUGGAAAACAAAGAAUUUAGGAAUACUGAGGACAAUUUUAUUUUUAUAGGCACAAAAUGAAGAGUGGGAUUAAGAAUGUUACUUGUAUUAACCAAAAAAAGUAUAAUCAGUGAACAAAGAACUAAAUUCUUUGGCAUACAGAUUAUCUGCCUCGUGUGGUUUUUUAAAUGUCAGUAUUAAAUUUUGAAAUUAAAAUUAUGCUAAAAUUAAGCUAUCACAUAAUGGCUGAUUUUGUCUUUGGUGUUUAGUUACAUAAACUCUUAAAAUACUGUAAUAUUUAAGGCCUAGAGUUUUAUUCUCAUUUGCAUUUGGGUCAUUAAUGAUAUGCUAUUCUUUCAAGGUAUAGAAGGUAAAGAAGUGGUUGAAAUAGGAAGGAAAUAAAUUACAAAUUGAAAUGUAAUUUUGUUAAGUAGGUUUAUCCUUCUUAAGCAUUGUUAUUAUGUCUUAAAAUUAACAAAAAUUGAGUACCUAUAAUUGUAUGCCUCCCUAAAUAAAAAUUCUUUAUCUGAAAUUUAAAAAAUGAUUCAGCAUGUAAUAGCUUUUCAUCUGAAGUGUAAUACAUAAUCAUUGUUGCUCAAAUUGCUUUAUAGUUGUUAACAGCCUUAUUAAAAGAGCAAUGAAUACUAUGCUGAAUAUACAUAAUAAAAAUUACAGUCAAAGGAAAUUUUACUUAUCUGUCAUUGUCAAUGCUAAGCCUUAAAACCUUCAUUGAUCUCAUACUUGGCCUUGUGUGCUCUCCCUUCCAUUUGAAAACCCAUAGUUCUCUGCACUUCCUAUUAUAUGUCAUUCUGCCUUGCAUUGGAUUUCCAUUUAUAUGUGUUCUUAUUCAUCUGUUGCCCAAACAUGCAUUGUAACUAUAAGGUGCUCAAAAUACAGAGGGGGGAAAAAAGAGCCAAAGGUCAUCACUUCUGAAAGUUUGGAAUGCUACAUAAGCACCCAAGGUGCUUGUUCCACUCCUCUAACCCAACCCCAGAAAUUGAUUGCUUAGGUCUAUAAUAGGGCUCAAGAAUCUUAAUUUUUAACCAACACAACUUGGGAUUGUGGUAUCCAUUAUCCCUGGACCAUUUGCUAACUGAGGGAUCUUGAGAAAUCAAACUUCCUUUGAGUCUAUUUCUUUGUCUAUAGAAACAUUUUAGGUAGCAUCUUAAAUCUUGGUUAAAAUCACAUAAGAGUCCAAUGCUUGGUGGAAAUUAGUUUGUUAUUGGUAUUUCCUUACCAUCCAGACAAGACACUCUUCCCCUCCAAGCUGAUAGAAUUCCUUAGGCACCUUUCUGCUUCUGCACUGCCAUCACUUUCAGGUGUCUGGGUUUCUGGAAGGUUUGUGUCAUUACAAACUAGAGCUAGACUACACUUUACUGUAUGUCUGGGAAAAGGGCAUAGAAUAAAGAAUCCACACCUAAGACGAUGUUACAUGAAAGAUAGAACACUGAGAUGGGACUCUGUAUCUUGUAUCUGAAAGAAAAAAGCAAGAAAAUGCCAAGCAGGGAAAAAUUUAGAGGUCUUCAAUGACCAUGAGUCAACAGCAAAAUGAAGAAUCUGUUACCAACACUCCCACUCCUGGAAGUUCUCAAGUGGCAAUAAUGAUCAGAUGUCAAAGGGUUCAUUUCUACACUGGGUAACAAGUGGAAGGAGGGACUAAUAAACCUAAUGUUUCUACCCUACCUUUACUUCAAUUCCAAAAGGACUAGUACUGCUAGGGCAAAGCUGAAAGAAAAGGCAACAGCUUAAAAAGACACAUUUUGUUCUAUUUUGCUGGAUUUUGCUUGGUAUUCAAA